AAUAUACAUGUCUACACUCCCUUUUAAACUGAUGCAUAUAUAUCAAUCAUGCCUAGCUUGCCAAGAAUAUGUCGCAACUUUUAUGGUAAGAGCCUUAGCGAAGAUAUCUGCAAGUUGAGCAGUAGACAGAACAAAAGGAUAUAAAUAAUGCCAGCAACUUCAAUGUGAUUCCUUCUAUAGACAAUCUCCUUAAAAAACACUACACUAUUGAUAAGGAAUGAACACUUUUCAAGUUAACAAAUAGUGAUUCCCUUUGUAAUACAUUAUAUAUUUGCCUUAAGUGAUAAAGGUGAAGAGAAAAAUCAGGACUAAAAACAAGAAUAUCGUUGAAAUAAACAACUAAGAACUUUUCCAUAUAGGGGUCGAGUACCUAUAUCAUCUGCCUCAUGAAAGUGCUGGACACACUUGAAAGGCCAAAUGGCGUAAAGAGCUACUCAUACAACCCGUCUCGCGUCUUAAAUGCAUUUUUCCACUCGCCCCCGGUCCAGAUACAUAUAUGAUGAUAUAUGCUCUUCAGGUCGAUCUUUGAACAAUGCUGACUGUCCAGCAUAUUUUUCAACUGAGAAAUAGGAAACUAGUACUUUAUAGUAAUCUGGUCGAUCAUACAUCUGUCCACACUCCACAUACCUCCAAGAUCCAUCUUUCUUAGGGUUAAUGAUGUAGGAACAACACAUGGUGACAUGCAUUCUCGAAUUAAACCCUUCUGUAGCAACCCAACAACCUAUCUGUGGAGCACUUGAGUUUAAGAUGUUCGGUUGGACUUAUUCAAUAGUGUGCAAGAUUCGGUAGACUCAAACCAGGCACUAAAUCAAUAUGGCGCCAGAUGUUUGUCAUAGGAGGAAGUCUAACUAGGAGUUCUUCGGAAACCAUGUCUUUCAUAUUCAUGAAGAUGCUCUUGUAUGGGAGGCAGAACAUCUAAAUUUUCCAUUUCUUCUUUAGCAACCAAGACAUAAAUGAUGCAGUUUCCUUACUUGUUCUUUAAACUUUUCCACGGUGAGCGAUUUUUGACCCUCGCCUUUAUCAGAUCUGUGUGCUGGAAGAUGUUUCAUUGGGUGCAAUGUGAUAUUAACACCCUCCUUGACAAAGGAAUAGGUGUUAGCUCAAGUCAAAUGCAUGUGUUAACCCGAGUCAAAUGCACCAUAUCUCAGUCCCGCAACUACUCUGCCUAAUAAAAUGUGGUUUACAUCCAUGGGGAUCAGGUCACACUCCUCAUCCUUAUAUUUAGAUCCAAUAGAGGAUGAAAAUAGUACUUAAAGUUAACAAAAACUUCUACCCCCUUUUGAAACAAUAAAUCUGGUAUGGGUAUGGAUGUUUGUUUUCUUUAAGUUUUAAUUUAUCCACAAUUUCAUUUGAAACAAUGUUCUUAUAGCUUUCGUUGUUUGCAAAAUUGCGAAUAUCUUCCCAACAGAAGUGCAAGUGAUAUGGAAGAUAUUGUUCCACAACCAUUGCCCCUCAUCAAUCACUCGAGACAUCGAUAGCUUAGUUUGUUGGAUAACCGACGACUUGCCUCUAUCACCGUAUAUAUAUGCUACAUCGUCCUUUACAUGCACCUCGUCCUCAUAUGCAUUAUCUUCAUAUUCUGUGUCAUCUUCAGCUUUCAUUUGUAUGCGGUCGGGAAUGUUUUCAAUAUAUUCUCCUUCCUCGGCCAAAUUCACUUUGACUAUGGAUUGAUGUUCAAGAUAGUGAAAAGAACGAUGUCUCGGUUGACCAUACUUAAAGCACGUAAAAAGAGUAUUUUGUUGCCCCUUCUUGGGUGCACUAGCCCCUCGUCCAUAACCAACUCCCCCUGGGUUGGGGUUCGGCUUUAGCGGACGUUGGCCGAUCAUCCCUCGACUUAUGGGAGGCACUAUGGUUACCUUAUAUGGGAAGUUAGCACACUGCCCCAAUGUUGAUGACAGUCCUCGUGGGGCAUCGAAUUGUCUCCCAAACCCCCAAUUAAUUAUCGUGGCUUUAAUGCAAGUGCCUAUGCAUUGGACAUCUUAAAUACAUCUUUGGAAACUAAUUCAUUUUUUAUGUCUAGAAUAAGACCAUUAAGUUAUCUUGAAAUCUUUUGGUCUUCAUACUCACAAAAUUCUGCUUCUGAUGUUAAUGUAUGGAACUCCUCAGUGUAUUCAUUUACCCAUUUGUUUCCCUUACGUAGAUUGCGACAUCUUUGAUAGAGGUCAUGUGCAUAAGUCGCGGGUAGGAACGCUGGAGCUCCUUACGCGUCCAUGUGCUCCAACUUCGUUGUCUGGAUUCCCUCAACAUUGGAGCUCUCCCACUUGAUUAGUGAGAUUGCCCAUCGUAUGCGUGAGUUGAUCUACUCGUUGUGUGAGUGUUUGGAUCAAUUAGGUUGCACAAACUCUUCUUGUGUCACUCGCUUUGAAAUCAUUAGGAGAUGAGAUGAUGUAGAGUUGAAAAUCUCCAAAGAUGACCUGCUCUGAUACCAAAAUGGUGCAACCCAGUUAUCUAGUUGAUGAGAUCUUGACACCCGAAUCGCAAAGAAAUAGACAAGAGUACACCCACAAGAAUAGUUGAGUAGAGAGGGAUAAUUAACUUUAUUGAUAUCAAACUUCUUUCUACAAUACGUAAGAAAAGCUCACACGUCGAUGAUACAUGAUCUGGAGGCACAAAUUUGUCGUGUCUCUAGAGGCAUUUGAUGAGCUCUGUAUGUACCCAUUCGUUACAGUGAUGAGAAGCUUCACAUGGAUUUUCCUUUUUGCUGACUCAACUAUGUAUUUCUUAUUUGUUCAUCAUAGCUAUCAAUUUUCCCUGCUUUUUUCUAGUUGUUUGAACUUUGAACUCUUCCUGCUGUUCAAUGCAUUAUGUACUUUUAUUCUGCUUUAGAUGCUCUUCUAUAUUCACACCAAUUUUGGUUUGUUGUUUCUGAGGUGGUUUUUUUGCUGUCUAGAGUUGAAAUUGAUCGCUUGACAGAACUACUGCGUUCGAGAACAGUCGAUGCAUCCGCAGAUGAUGAAGAUAAAAAAAUUGAACCAAGUACAUCACAAAUGGUGGCCCCUCCUGCGGGACAGGAAAAGGCAACAAUUUCAACACAGGAAAAUGUAAGGAGCUCAAGAUUAUUUGGAAGCAUCUCAACCCCAGCCAUUGAUUUAAGUGUUCCUGAAGAACAAAUUAGUUCACCUGCAGAACUUGCAAAAGCCUACAUGGGCAGUCGAUCUUCAAAACUCUCUCCACCCAAGUUAGGUUUGCGGAAUCGUAUAUUUAGGGAUGAUACAGCUUCCCCAAAUAUUUUACAAUUUACACUAAAGUCACCCAAUGUGUCACUUGGAGCAAGAUCUGUUGGCCGUUUUUCUGGCGUUCCUGCACUUUCUGAAAAUAGCUAUCAGACCCCAAGACCACGAGGCAGAUCUUCUAUGUCUAGCAUGACUCAUUCUCCAUAUUCUAGACUUCAUUCCAUAGCUUCUCUCAAGGGCACUGAGCCUAUUGAUGAUGGCCAUGUUGGCCCCUCAACAUCAUCUCAAUGGCCACGGGUGAACAACAUGCUUUCCAAUGGUAACCAGGUAUUGAAGCGGAGGAGUUCCAUCAUCGAGUUCGGAUCUGUUGGUCCUAUACGUAGGGUUCGUCAGAAAUCUAAUCUGAUUUCUCCUCUAAAAGAUGUGAACUCAACUCAUAGAAAUCCUCCAGUUUCCUUUUCUCAGGUUGGUUCUGAUGCUGUUCAAGGCUCCAUGUCGUCUAUGCAAGUGCCGCUUAUGAUGGAUGAAACUAAGUACAAUGCCUCAAAUCUACAUGUUGCUGAAAACAGAGAUAAUAGAAUUUCCACUACAAAUUUCACUUGUCUUCCUCCUCAGUCAAGUGAGGUGGCACAGAAAAUACUGCAACAGCUUGAUAAGUUAGCGCCUUCUCCCAAAGAGAGAUCAUCUGAGUUGAAAGCAACUAUAUCCAAGGAGAAGUCACCUGCUAUAUCAAUGUGUAAUAUGUUAAAUGGACAGCCUCUCAAAAUCAUGGAGGAUAUGCAAACCCCAAAGUUUCAGAAUGCACAGGGUGGUGGUACCUUGAAUGAGCUGAGCUGGACCCGGAAUGAAGUUAGUCCUGGAAAUGCUAUUUCUCAUAAUCAAGAUAGAGGUGAAGUGAAUGGUCCUAUGACAACUGCUCAUGCAGUAGUUAAAGUUUCUGAAGCUUCUGGUGUGGAAAAGACAGUUUUUUCUGUUAAAGAUACCUUGUCUGGUAUGAGGCAUGCAGAUUCUGCAAUUUUUGGUUUAGCUGGAAAUCCACCAUGUGGUAAACAAGUUUUUCAGAUGAGUGCACCUAAGGCGACAGCUGAAAAAGAAAAACGACAAUCUUCUGCAUCAGAGCAGAAAACUGUUGUUGCUGAAGCAGUAAAAGCAGAGAAGCCUCUUCUUUCCUCCUCUGGAAGCCAGCCAGCUGCAUCUUUGACAUUCAACAAAGGUGCUAACACAACUACGAAAGCUUCCGAUGGGCAUAUUGUUGCUGAAAAAGCUGCUACCUUUACCUCUCCUACUACUCCCAGUCUGCUUCCAACACGCACUGUUCAGUCAUCCUCACUGUUUAAUUCAUCGGUCCUUCUGAAGGAACAAACUGGUAUUCCUAUUUUCAGUUUUGACCCUAAAAGUGCUGAAAAGGGUGCUGCUGUUACAUUUUCUUCAAUUUCCACCAAUGCUAGCAGCACUUUGGGCCUGAAAUUUGAUUCCACGGAGUUAUUGAGCAGCAAUGUCACUGCUACUGUAAUUCCAUCAAUAAAUCUACCAGAAGCCACAUCAUCAGGUAGAAGUGAUAAAAAUCAGAAGGCCAGAGAUGUAAACAUAUCAUCAGAAAAGGUUGUUGCCUCAGCUGUAUCAACAUCGACCACCCCAACAUUCUUUGCCUUUGGCGCUUCUACCAAUUCCAGUCCAAGCAAUGGUUUCCCAACUCCAACUGCAUCCUCAGUUUCCAAUACGCCAGCAGUUCACGUCAGCUUGAUUUCCUCCAGCAGCACUGCUACAACUUCUAGCAGCAGCAGUCCAUCUACUUCAACUGCAGCAGCACCUACUUUUCAUGCAGCAUCCAUGUUCAAGCUUGGCACCACUUCAGCAGCUGUUGCUCAUUCGAAUUCAGUUUCACUACCUUCAACAACUUCUGGCUUGAAGCCGGCACUCAUAGAAACCAAGCAAGCAUCACCAUUCAGUAGUACAAUCAGCACUGUUGUUCCAGCAUCGCCUUCUGCAUUCACAAGUUCAGGCAGCAGUAAUGUUUUCAGGUUGAGUGCUUCAGCCCCAUCUAGUACCACAAACUCAUCAUCAUCUGCCAAUAACCAGUCUCAGAACUUGACUUCCUUCAGCGGCGCUGCUGGAUCACUGUUUGGCAGCGCUAAGCCAUUUACACAGAGUAAACCUAGUCAACAUGCUUCUGGCAGUUCUCCAUUUGGGUCAUCUGCUUCUUCUCCUUCAUUUGGACUGAGUGGGUCUUCCUCUUUUGGUUCCAGCAGUUCCUCAUUCGCAUCAUUGGCCCCCAGCGGUCAAACAUUCGGCUCUGGUUCUGGCCAUGGACUGAGUUCUUCAGCACCUUUUUUAGCUGGUGCAGGUUCUCUUAGUUCCAGCAGCAGUGGUUCUAGUUUAUUCAGUUCAGGAAGUCAGCCAGCCAGUGGCACUGCAUCUUCUUCCCUGGCAACUGGGUUUUCUUUCGGAGCAAUUCCUGCUGCUGGUGGUACUGCUCCUCCAGCAACAGGGUUCUCUUUUGGAGCAUCUGCUGCUGCUGCCGGUAGUAAGUCUGCAUCUUCUCCAGCAACAGGGUUGUCUUUUGGAGCAUCCGCUGCUGCCGCUAGUAGUACGCCUGCAUCUUCUUUGGCAGCAGGAUUUUCUUUUGGAGCAUCUACUACUGCUGCUGGUAGUUUCCCUGCUUCCUCUCCUCUAGGAACAGGGUUUUCUUUUGGAGCAUACACUGCUACUGCUGGUAGUUUACCUGCAUCUUCUCCUCCAGCAACAUGGUUUUCUUUUGGAGCAUCCACUACUGCUGCCAGUAGUACGCCUGCAUCUUCCCCUCCAGCAACGAGGUUUUCUUUUGGUGCAUCUGCUGCUGCUGCUGCUAGCAGUGCACCACUGACAUUCGGUUCAUCUGGUGGUGCUUCAAGUAGCUCUCCAUUCUCAUUCACUUCAGCAGCUGCUGGUCCUACUAAGAGCUUGCUCUCCCCAGCGCAGCCCCUUUUUGGGACGUCAAUUCCAGUUGUUGGGUUCAGAUCAGCAUCCCCAGUAAAUGUCCAGAUGAAUGUUGAGGACAGCAUGGCUGAGGACACAGUCCAAGCGUCUAUGCCUGUGGCCCCUGCAUUCAACCAACCAGCUCAAUCCGCCUCACCGUUUAAUUUCAAUUUCAGUUCUGCCACUCCUUCAGGUGGGCCACCAGCCUUCCAGUUUGGCAGUCAACAGAAUCCGGCAACUCCUCAGCAUCCAUCUCCAUUUCCAGCAACUGGUAGUUUAGAGUUGCCAGGUGGAGGUUUCUCAUUGGGCACUGGGAGCGUCGACAAGUCAAGCCGCAGAAUCGUUAGAGUAAGAAAUAAGCUCCGGAAAAAGUAGGAACCAUGUGGCUUAAUGGUUAGUUGAUGUGAGCCUCUGCUGCAGAGGAAUGCUAUUUGCAGACACAUCUGCAGAUUCUGAGCACGAGUGCCAUACAUGUGCGUACGUGGCACACUUGUGGAAGACUUGGGCAAUUCAUCAGGCAGACCCAACCACGUAUGGGCCUUAGCCCCAAAAUCGGAUUUGUCCAUUCGUAUGUGGCCCUGCCCAAAGACCAAACCUGCAUGAUUUUGGGGCAGGACAUCACCACGGGCCCACCUGAUGAACAGGGCUCCAAGCUCACAAGUGUGUGCCAUGUUUGUGCUUGCGGCGCUUGUUUGGUGUUUGUAGAUAGGCGUCUGCAGUUAGCAUUCCUGCAUGCAUUGGGCUGGCCCAAGGCCUGACACGUGUGUGGUGGCUAGCCAUUCUAAAAUGAGAGUUAUGCUGUCUAGCUGCCUUCUGGGCAUAGAUGAAUUGGUCUAUCAGGCGCAAGAUUCUGUAGCCUCCUUCGCUUUCUUUUGCUUUUCUGUCUUACAGUCUGUUCUGGCCUGCCUUGUGGGUAACACCAUUGCAGUUUUGGUUUUUACUUGUAGCGAGCAUCAGAGAAUGCAUAUUUUGUCAGUUUGGUUAGCGGGAUGAGCACUGAUCUUUUAGAGUUGUGUACUUUUGUUGGUGUAAUAUAGAAAGAAACUAAAAGGUGAUAUAUGUGAGGGCAGCAGAUAUCAAA